AUGUCUACACCGACGCCAAAAGCUGCUGCUGAAACUGAACCCAUUCAUAUCACCCUUCCUGGGCAGUCUACAAUUCACCCUAGCACGUCCAAUGGCAAAACAAACUAUAUGUACUCGCCUACUAAGCUUCCUCCCAAGCAAGACCCACUUCUUCAGUUCUUUGUAAACUUGUUAAUGCGGGAUGGUAAAAAAGCGUCAGCUGAACGCUAUAUCGCUGAUAUGCUGGCCUAUAUCGCUAAGCUCACAAACUCUGACCCGCUUCCCGUGGUAUAUGAAGCUGUGGAAUUGGCUAGACCCAUUCUUCGGAUGCAAACCCGCAAGCAAGGUGGAAAAAAUAUGCAGGUGCCUAUCCCACUGAACGAGCGCCAAAGCACACGUCGUGCGUUGAAAUGGAUCAUCGAUGCGGGUAACAAGCGUUCUGACCGUUCUAUUAGCCGUCGAUUGGCUGUGGAAAUAUUGGCUGUUGUGGAAGGCAAUAGCUCUGUCCUAUCUCGCAAGGAGGAGCAGCAUAAGGUUGGUAUGAUCAACCGUGCGAAUGCCAGUGUCCGUAUCUAA